UUAGUACCUAUCUACUCAUUUUGGCUUUGACAUUUGAAUAUUCAUUUUUCCACAAAUUUCCAAAGAAUUUUCAGAUUAAUAAUUAUCGGACGAACUCGACUGCACGUUUCUUAAUUUAUCCCAAUUCGUAGCCGUUUUAGUACACUUCUUUGGCACCAAUUCGGCACUUUUAUAAUUUAUUGAUUAUCGUACAAUCUUUUACAUGCAACGGUACGGUAUACUUUAAAGAUUAUCACAAUUUAAUUAAUAGAAGAUGGAUAAUUUAAAAGACAGUGAUAACGUGCUCAUAAUUUGGAAUGAAGCUGAACAAGUCGAUCUUACGAACUUGGUAAAUGAAAUCAAAAGCGUAACAAAUGCGCCUGUGGUUCUAGAAAACUCAAACAUGAUUACAAUAGAUUCUAGACCUCCAUCCUCAUUUGAUGCUGUAAUCUCCAACUGGUUACCACCUCACUCAGUGCAACACUCUGACACAUUACUUGGAACAUUAAUUAAAAUCCUCAAACCCAAUGGAAAACUUAUAAUCAAAGAUAAAACAGACAUUAGCACAAGUUUAAAGCUUAACGGAUUCUUAAAUUUAGCAAAAUCAUCUGAUGAUGUUUAUGUGGCUGAAAAACCUAAAUUUGAAGUAGGUUCAAAGGCAUCCCUCAAAUUGAACAAGCCCUCCGUGUGGAAGUUAGAUGACACAGUGGAAGAAGCCUGGGCCAGAACAAACGAUGAUGAAAUUAUUGAUUCCGAUAUGCUACUUGAUGAGGACGAUCUCAAAAAACCAGAUGAAAAAUCUCUCAGAGUUUGUGUUACAACGGGCAAGCGGAAGGCGUGCGCGGACUGCUCGUGCGGCCUCGCGGAAGAGCUGAAGGGCGAGACUAAGGAGACGCCCAAAUCAUCUUGCGGCAGUUGUUACCUCGGCGACGCGUUCCGAUGCGCUACCUGUCCCUACCUCGGCAUGCCAGCGUUCAAACCCGGCGAGAAAGUCCUUCUGGAUCUCAAGUCAGACAUCUAACAUGUUAGUCGUGCUGUGAUUAUUCCUACUUAAUGUAAUCGUAAUAAAUAUUAUAAAUGA